AUGGUAGCCUACGCUGAUGCUCUGGUUUUAGUUUGCGAUUUUGCCAUCUUCGUCAUUGAUUCAAUGGAGGCUCUGCCAGCAAGCCGUGCUAAGAAAGUAGUGAAUAUGGGCUCAUCGUCCUCAUUACCGUCAGCCCUGACUCAUUUUCUGAUCAAGAUAUUUACGGAGGUGCUGAGUGAGCCUCUUCGUCAGUAUGCGCAGCGACUCCAGCGGGCCGACUGGGGCACAAGUUAA